UAAUAUUGUCAGGGGAGAGUUAUUUCCCCUACUUUCAAAAUGGCUUUCCAGUAUUCGGCUCGGUUAAAUCACUCCAAUAUUCGACCCCUUCAAUCACUUUUAUGGAUAAAUUUGGUUGGCGGAAUUUUAAUUGUUGGACUUUUCGUUAUUCGAACAGAAAUUACACGAAAUGUUAUAGCUGCCAGUGAAAUUGCUUGCCUCCUUGUCGCAUUUCAUUGCAUUCUUUUGUGGUUUGCCCAAUUAGGAAACACCAAAGUUCUUCUCGCAAAACAAUUGAAAGCUUUUAUCAAAGGUGCUACUGUUCUCUUCUUCUCUUGUCUAUUUUACUACUUUAUGGCUGUUUGCUUUGGCGCCCCUCUUUUCACACAUACAAGUGAAACAUUCCACUUUGCCAUGUUACUCUCCUGUUGUACAAUCCUUCCAGUAUUAAUCUCAGUCGGUGCCAACUUCAGUUUAUGGUUAAAAAUAUUCGUUGAGAACAGCCCAGAUGAUGGUUGUGAACAAGUUGCCUUCAUUCUGUUUGUUUGUAGCAUCAUUGGCGCCUGGUUAGGGGCUUUCCCUAUUCCUCUCGACUGGGACAGACCAUGGCAGGUGUGGCCAAUUAGUUGUGAGAUUGGUACCCUAUGUGGUUAUUUGGUUGGAUUGAUUGUUAGUUCAGGAUUAACUUUCCGUAAAACUAAAAAAGCUUACAAGGUGUCGACAUAAAAAAAAAGGAAAGUUUAGUAGUGUGAGGUCUGGUGAGGAGAGAGAGAUUAUUCUGCUAAACCUCUUUGCCCAAUUAACCUGUUGGGCAAAAUCUCAUCAAGGUAAGACCUGACAUUACUUCUGUAGUGAAAAGGAUGCUCCAACUUGCUGGAAGUAAAACUCCACAUCUUCAAAGUCCUCUUGAAUGCUUGGCAUGACAGAUUGUUGCUGUAAGUUCAAGGAAAUGGGACCAGCCAGAGUACUGUCAAAAGAGAACGAUCCAAUUCAUCCUUUUUGAUGAUUAAGCCUUUUAAGCUACACCAUGCUGUGACCCCUGAUAAAUUUACAUGAUGUUCUUCCAUACUAUGCAGAUUCUCAGGUCCUCACUAGCCGUGGUUGUGAUCGUUAAUUUAAUUUAAAUGCAGUCUUAUUUCUUUAUUGCCCACAAGGUGCUAAACACAGAGGGGACAAACAACGACAGACAAAGGGAUUAAGUCGAUUACAUCGACCCCAGUGCAUAACUGGU